AUGUCGCUUACUAGCGGAGGAGACGAUGCCAUGCUCGAUUCUGUUCGACUUACUCCUCAACCGAACGACGACAGCUCUGCAACCCUACAGCGGGAUUUGAUUGCGCUGUACGCAGAAAUCCUCCUCAGUCGAGCACAUCUAGCUUUUUUCAUCACGGCUCUAGAUGACACAGAGGCUCAGCAGGACUCCUUACAUCAAGGCAAAGCCGCCUUGGAAGAAGCCGAAAGGCUAUGUUUGUCAGAAAAACCAGUGAACAAGCAUCUUUUAGCCAAAUGCUGGUAUGUGCGAGGGUUCCUUGCUGAUAUCUUUGGCGAGGAUGCAGAUGCCAAACGCCAUUUCACGCAAGCUGUGGGAUUGGACGAGAGUUACAAGAGCCUCCAGAGGGUGCAUGGGCACCUCCAGCGCAUUGAAGAUACAGAAGAACUAAAUGAAAUGUGGGAUGCCGCCUCGUCUAAAGGAAAAGCGCGGGAGUUGGACACGGGGUCUCCCGGUAUGGUAGAUGCACAAGAACUUAGUGAUAUGUGGGGUACAACCUCCUCAUUUGGAAGACACGAAAGACCACCCCGUCUCAACGGCAAUACCAACUCUCGCUUACCGGGGUCUAGCUCUCCGAAGAGCGGUCGACAUAGUGUCCUGUUCCGACAGCUGAUGCAGGACGUUUCGCGGACGCCAUCGCAUACGGUGCCACGAGACGCAUCGAACGUGUCGCCAGCGCCUAUUGAAUCAUCCACUGCUGGAUCUCCCCGGAGUGCGAGCUCUGGUCGGUUAGAUAUGGAUGGCAUCCUUGAGCGGUUGAAAAAUACCCCAGCACAGAUACGUAAAGUUUCCGUGCCGAGCAAAGACCCCCCGGGCCUUGACAGAAUCCGUCCUACCAAGAAUGACCCAGCCAACGACAGAAUGUUAGCUGCCGAACUGGAAAUAGCAGCGUACGAUUACAGGAAACGAAAAGAUGCAAUGCAAGGGUGGAAAGCGGCACGCGAAAAACGAGGGUUGAAGGUGACAAAAACAGCGCGACGAGCUUCAGGUGAAGAGACUCUUCUAUCCGAUACUCCAGGAGUGUCUGAGCUCGAUACCACAGACAAUCCACGACCACCUACGGCACCACCAAAGCUGUCUCUCGAUAUCCGUGCGGAGAGACGACAGUCAGUGUCAUACGCAGCUUCACCAACCUCACCGAGCCCCUUGAGACACGCUUUCGCGGCAGACGACGUCGUCGACGUGCCCUCCACGCAAGCUAGAGAGGGCCGAGAUUGA